AUGGCACCUCAAGGGGUAUGUCGUCAAUUUGCGAUCAACGGAACGUGCAAGUACAGGAACUGCAAAUUUCAGCACAUAGCAAAUGGACAGAAACCAUCCAAUACCGUGAGAAAUUCUGCACCGCCGUCCAACAACUUGUCCAACUCGGAGAGAGAGUUUCGAUCCUGGAAGUAUAGCAUUCCUCUGAACAGCAAAAUUGUACUGCCUGGCGGCAAGCUUGCUGCGAUAUUUCAGAACGCGUAUCGACUGAUUGGAGUCGAUGUAGGUGUUCGUCAAUCAGUCAUUCAGAAGCUCUCUGAGGAGGGUGGUCUUGCGUGUAUCAAGAUGCUGGUAGAACAAAACUUUGAACAACUUUCUGUAAGCACGAAGCAGCACUUAUUCAAAACGCAAUUUGUUCCACUACUAAAAACCGUUGCUCAUCCUGACGUGUUGCAAUCGUUGAUACUCGAACGGUCGGUCGGAACCAUUUACAAUUUCCUAUUUGGAGUUGGGGGAGAAAGAGCCUCAGGGCUCCUGACAUUCUGUUCCGAAAUUCUCAUGCACUGCACCGAAGAUGAAUCUACUUCGGAGUGGCUCGAGGCUUCUCUUGUAGUAUUCUCGCGGAUCGUGGAUCUCAACUCCACAGCGCUUGUUCAGGAAUCCCUGAAGAACUGUGCGAGUCACUUUCAGACGAUAUUCAGUACAUUGGUCACUGAUCACCCAGAAAAUCCCUUGCACGAGUCACGAGUGCAUCUGGAGCGCUUACUUCGCCGCUUUCAUAUUGGUAUUCUGCUUCCAAAUAUGACUCAAGACGAACCAUCCAAAGAGCCAAAGUCGCAAGGAGCUUUUGUUAUCAGGUACGACCCUCCUGGUGGCCGCCACGACAAUGACUUCAAAGAUAUCAGUCAAAUCCGCAUUAUGCCGACCUUUCAAGAGAUUUGCAGUCGUCGUAGUGAGUACCUACCUCUGUACGACCCCUCACAGUGGCAUGAAGAUGGCCUUCACGGACUUUUGGAUCGCAACUUCCGGUUACUGCGCGAAGACACUGUAGGCCUUCUCCGCGACGCCAUCCACUCCGUACUCCAGUCAUCACGAACCACCCCGAAACAGAAGAAUCAACAGCGUACCAACGUUUAUCAAGCUGGCAGAAUCGUGGAGCUUGGAUUCCACUGGCAGGACGGGCUUCAGUUCAAGCUUAGCUUUUCCCAACCGACUCAAGUCAGCAAAAUGAGCGCCACACAACGUGAAGAAUGGUGGAAUAUGUCCAAGCGUCUGCAAUCUGGGGCUUUGGUCUGUCUUAUCAUGCAGCGGAACUUUGUGGUGUUCUGUACCGUCAUCAACCCCGAAACGCAAGCGCCAACGCGAAAGCAACAAGGACGAGAUAAUACCAGAUCCCAGAUAAAGGACUCAGAUGCUUUAAGGAAAAAUUCCGAGGAAGCUUCUGUCUAUCUGCAAUUGACCAAUGCGAGCGAGAGGAGUAUUGAAAUGGUCAUGAAGCAUUACACCAAGAUUCAUGAUUCUCAAAUCGCUCUUGUGGAAUUCCCGGGUGUUCUUCUUCCUGCAUUCGAGCCGACCAUGAAAGCGCUUCAGUCAAUGAGAAAAAGUGAUAACCUUCCUUUCUCUGAAUUACUCAUCCCAAACAGCUCAAAAGUUGGGUCUCCGAUUGAUGUCCCCCCUCCUCUCUACGCAACGGAUCCUGGCUUUCAGUUCAAUCUAAGUUGCUUGAUGCAUGAUAACAGCAACUUCUUUGUUCGUGUCGGUCAUCCUACUGAUUUGCAAAAGUUGUGUCAAAAUUCGAGCCUGGACGACGCCCAAGCAUCUGCUCUUGUUGACACGCUGCAACGAAAGAUUGGCUUGAUUCAAGGACCACCUGGAACCGGCAAGAGCUACACAGGUGUUGCGCUUGUUAAGGUUCUCUUGGCCAACAAGGGGGAUGGGAAGAAGAAGAAGAAGAAACUCGGUCCAAUAAUCUGUGUGACCUACACGAAUCAUGCGCUAGAUCAAUUGUUGGAGUCCUUGUUGGAAAAGAAUGUCACGAAGCAAAUCGUUCGCAUGGGAGGACAGUCAAAGUCUGAGACCCUGAAACCCUACAAUCUGCGGGAGCUUGCCAGACGAUUCGACAAGACAAAAAUGGAAAAGAGUGCUUUGUGGAGUCACCAUACUUCACUGGAAACGUGUGAGAAGGAAUUCAACCAAAUAGGGCUUCGAGAGGGUAUCUCGCCGGCUCGUGUGAUGGCCCAUUUGCGCGACAGCUACCCUACAUAUUAUAAUCAGCUUUUUGGAAUUGACGAAGAGGGUUUUCAGAAAGCGCAUAACGAUAAUCCCGGAAAAGUGUUUGAUCAAUGGCGCAGGUCUGGUGGAAGAGUCUCAAAGGAACAGAUUCGACAUAUCGAGCGACUUGAAUCAAUUCCUCUCUUACAAAUGACACAGCCUGAGCGAGAGAGCCUCUACGCACAUUGGCGGCUGCAAAUACAAGAAGAGAUGCACCAAGAAUUGACCGGUAUAUGCCACUCGUAUGCUCAUACUAAACGCGACUUUGACAAUAUUCGAAGCGAAGUCGAUCUGCGGUGCCUCAGCCAAGCCGAUGUCAUUGGGGUCACCACUACCGGAUUAGCCAGAAAUCUUGAGAUGCUGCGAAGACUAAAUUCCAAGAUCGUGCUAUGCGAAGAAGCUGGUGAAGUCCUCGAGUCGCAUCUUCUUACAGCUUUGCUACCAUCAGUAGAGCAUGCCAUUCUUAUUGGAGACCACUAUCAACUCCGUCCACAGGUGCAGAACUAUGAUCUCUCCCGCGAGAAUAAGAAUGGUGGAGAGAGAUACUCACUGGAUGUGUCUCUAUUUGAACGUCUUGUUGAAACGGACAGUGCCAUGGGCUGCGGACUACCUUAUAGUACACUACAGACACAACGCCGUAUGCACCCUUCCAUCGCUCAGCUCGUGCGUGAGACGUUGUACCCACGGCUUCAAGAUGCUCCUUCAGUGUCUGAGUACCCCGCUGUCAAGGGAAUCCGUAAGAGAUUGUUCUGGCUAGAUCACCGCGAACUCGAGGGCAACCCGUCGAAUUCGGAGGCAACAGCGACGUCGCGAUGGAACGAUUACGAAGUUGAAAUGACUACUGCACUAGUCAACCACCUGAUUUGUCAGGGAGAGUAUGGCAGUGGCGAAAUAGCCGUUCUCACGCCUUACUUGGGCCAGCUACAGAAAUUGAGGAGGAGGCUUGGCAGGUCAUUUGCAAUCACCGUAGGGGAUCGAGAUCAAGAUGAUCUUGACAAGGCUGGUCUUCAAGAAGACGAAGAACAAGGCCCUACCCCAACUGCUGUGAAAGGUACACUCCUGCAAAACCUACGGGUAGCCACAAUCGAUAAUUUUCAAGGAGAGGAAGCCAGCGUGAUCGUUAUUUCGCUAGUGCGCAGUAACCCGCAAAACAAAUGUGGUUUCCUACGAACAUCGAACCGAAUCAACGUCCUUCUCUCUCGAGCAAAGCAUGGAAUGUACAUCAUUGGAAACUCCAUGACCUCCAUGCAUAUACCCAUGUGGGCCGAUGUCAUCGAUAUAUUCAAGCGCAACGAGAAUAUUGGCACAAGCUUGGAGUUGCAAUGCCCACGCCAUCCCGACACUUUGAUCACAGUUUCGAAUUCCGACGACUUUCCACGAGUUUCACCUGAAGGAGGAUGUAAUCUCCGAUGCAUCAACCGCUUAUCUGAAGAGAUCAAGGAUUACCCGGUCGACUUCAUUUUGGGAGAUGUAUACAAAGACAUCGACCUUGACGAUAAUCCGUGCAUAUUCCCCAAAUGUGGACAUUUUCUCACGAUAGAGAAUAUGGAUGGACUAAUGGAGAUGAACAAAUACUACGUUCUCGACGAACGUGGAAAACCGAGUAGAAUCUCCACCUCGUCGGAUCCGUUUUCCAUCAGCGACAUCAAGGUAUGUGCUAGCUGCCGUGGGCCACUGAGAGAUAUUGCUCGUUAUGGACGCUUGGUUCGCCGGGCUAUUUUGGAUGAGUCUUUCAAAAAACUCGUUUUGUAUUUGAACCGCGAAUACGUUCCACUUGCGCAGGAGCUUCCACAGCGAAUCCAACAAUUACAGGAUACCAAAUUGGACCGAUCUAUUCCCUGGCCGAAUGCGAUCAACAUUAAAGGUAAACGCGAUGUUCUGGUUGAUUGUAUACGACUUAUCAUCUCCGCGAAACAAAACAGGAGAUGGAAAGAGAUUGUGGAUUUGCGACAGCGCAUCGCCACGUAUCAGAAACGAGUCACCCCAGAGGAGCAACCGUACGCCAAAGUCCGUCAACUGGCCACAAAUGCACGACGCCGACAAGAAACUGUCGAGUUCUCUGGUGACCUUGAAUUUGGAAGUGAGGUCUUGCAAACUAAGGGAUUCCUCCAAGGAACGGCAUUGAGUCUGCGAUUGGAUAUUGCACUGCUAGGCGACUUUUUUGAGCUAUUUCGAAAUACUCCCAAAUCCGGAGAAAUAAAAGUCGAUAUGGAUCUAUCAACUAUAAGAGAGGAAUGCGAGGUAUUGAUCAGAAACGCCUCUGAAUCAAAACGUCUUCUCCAUCAGGCAGAGGGCUACAUAUUCCUAGCUCAACUUCACGCACUUGAGCGACCAUACGCCUCAGCACCCGAAAUGGGAGAACAACACUUGACUCUAGGCACAGAAGCAAUUGAUCAAGCUAAGACACUUUGUAACGGACAUCCGGCUCAAACUCAGGGCCUGAUUACCGACAUUGAAGGCGCGGAGAAGAUGCUUCGUGGCACGACUUUUUACGCCAAAGUCACAAACGAAGAGCGCAUGGCUGUUAUUGCGGCCAUGGCUCSCGAAUUCAGCGGCUUCACCCAACCCGGUUUCAGCCAACCGGACGAAGAGACUUUCAAAGUCCUCAAAGCUGCCAUUGCCGCUGAAGUAUAUGUCUGGAACGGGGGCGAUUUCUAUGGAACCCCAGACAAUAACUCUCUCCAUCUCAUGAAACGCUAUUUCUCCGCCUAUCCGGAGGACGCGGACAAGGUAGUGCUGUGUAUCAAAAGCGGAAUAAAGGAUAUGAGGACUUUCACUAUGGACUGUUCCCCUGAAAACCUUCGUGCAUCUGUUGAUAAUGCCCUCAAAAUUCUUGACGGUAAGAAGAAGAUUGAUAUCUUUGGUUGUGCAAGAACCGACCCUGCCGUUCCGGUGGAAGAAAGCAUUAAGGCACUCGCGGAGAUGAAGGCGGAGGGCAAAAUCGGAGGAAUCCAGCUGAGCGAGGUGCGGGUUGAAACAAUUCGUCGAGCCGCAGCCGUCGCUAAAAUCGAUAUGGUCGAGGCCGAAAUCAGUCUAUGGGCCACUGAUGUCUUUGAGAAUGGCGUGGCCACUAUCUGCAGUGAAAUGGGCAUUGUCGUUGUAGCCCACACACCCCUAGGAGCGGGUAUGCUCACUGGAAAAUUCAAGAGCUUGGACGAUGUGCCAAAGAAUGACUAUCAUCGCAACUUUCCGCGUUGGCAGCCCGAGAACUUUGAUACGAAUUUGUUGCUUGUAAAGGAGUUGAAGACUUUUGCCACAGAGAAAGGUUGCACGACGUCUCAACUAGCUUUGAACUGGAUCAAAAUCCAGAGCCGAAAGCCGGGUAUGCCCGUCCUUGUGCCUGUGGCUGGUUCAAGGACCGUAGAGAGGUUGUCUGAGAACGCAGAAGACAUCGAACUGACCGAUGAUGACAUCUCAAAGUUGAGUGCCAUCUUGGAUAAACACCCAGUUGCGGGCGAUAGAUAUCCCCCGGCCGCAAAAGCAUUGGUUGAGUACUAG